UGCGAGGAAAUUUGUUUGCACGUUCUUAAAAUUCGCCGCCUGGAUUUGGACUGCUGUGAAACAUUUUUCCUAUAAACCUUUUUUAAACUAUAUGAGGGUCUAUAAAUGCUGCCUAUGGUAUUUAAUAUAAUAGGUCAUGCCUUCUAACCUUCAUUUCGCAUUCAGGUUUUACCUAUAAUUAAUUUCAAGUCAUGUCUGAAACUGUAAAUUUCAUUGUUAAAGAUCCUUGUGGAAAUUCUCAAGUAAUUCAGUUACCAACAGGAAAUUGUAUUGUUGUUAAUGGAGGUAGAGGAACACCUGAUGUUAAAGAUCUUAUACAAAAAAACCAACAGAAACCUAUAAGAAAAAUUGUACGAAUGGCUGAUAUAAAAGAAAACACAGAAAUAAUUACUGUGUCACCUGACUUUUUGGAAGACUCUUCUUCUGAAUGUAAAAAAGACAAUUUUUCAGAUUCCAGUGAUGAUUAUUUAGAUGUUCACCAUAAGUAUCAGGAAGAUCCUGAAAUUAUUGUAGUGUGUGGUGAUGAUUUUGACCAACCAAAUGAUAGUGAUUUAGAUUAUAUGGAUGAUACUUGUGUAGUUAAUAAACCUGAUAAAAUUACAAGUCGUAAUGAUUUAAAUUCUUCUGAUGUUGUUGUACGAACAGAUAUUUUAAAUGAUUUGUUGGAAGGUCGUAUUACUAAAACAACUAAAAAACUUUUAGAAUCUACCAAGAUUUCAUAUCUUCCUAUGCAACUUAGUCAAAGUGAAUUUCGUUCUACAUACUCAAAUGAAAAAAGUCCAUUUAAAGUCCGACCUAUUAAAGCCAAUAAAGGUUUAAGACAUUUUUCUAAAAGAGUGUGUGAUAAGGUUAAAACCAAAAUGGUUACUACAUACAAAGAAGUUGCUGAUGAGUUAGUUGCUGAAUGUGUAGGCGACAGUGAAAGCCCUACAUUUUUAUAUGACCAAAAAAACAUAAGACGUCGAGUUUAUGAUGCAUUAAAUGUUUUGAUGGCCCUAGAUAUUAUAGCAAAGAACAAAAAAGAUAUAACUUGGAAAGGUUUACCUACUGGUUCUAUUCAAAAUAGUGUUUAUCUAGUUCAAGAAAAAGAAAAUCGUUUGAACAGUGUGAAAAGAAAACUUUUAGCUUUGCAAGAGAUAAUUAUGCAAGAAGUUGCAAUCAAACGUUUAGUUCAACGUAAUAAAAUCAUGGAAAAAGAAUUUGGACCACCUCCUAGAAAUACAUGUGUAAAUCUUCCUUUUAUGGCUAUUAGUUCAAAUGAGGAUACCAAUGUUGAAGUAGAAAUUUCAGAAGAUCAGAAACAAUAUGGUUUAAGCUUCAAUGACAAAUUUAGUGUUGUUGAUGAUACAGAAUUACUAAAAUCAAUGGGUUUUACCUUAGGUCUUGACCGUGGUGAUGUAACUAGAGAAAAUUUAGAUAUUUUGAAGAAAUUAGUGCCUCAAGCAUUUGAAAAACACAUAGUGAUGAUGGCAACAAAAAAUGGUGAAAUGUUUAAUGAUAUUUGUAAAGAAUUUGAUGAAAAAAUCAAAUCAGCUGAAAUUGAGCAGUCCUCUCUACGACCUAAUAUAAUUAGUAGAAGGAAAUGUAAAAGAUGAUUGCUUUCAUUCAUAGCUUUUGUUAUUAUAAUUUACCUAUCAUAAUCUUGACAAUUGUAACAGUUAACGAUUAUGCAUAGUUCUUUAUAUAUAUUCUUUACAAUUUUUUUAUUUUGUAUAUAAUUUCUAGUUAAUUUUUGUUGACUUAAUAAAAGUCAUUAUUAUGGAUUAGACAAAUUGAAGUUGAUUACCAUUGUUAA